AAUAUAAAAUUAACUAGUUGUGAAAAUCAGAUUGAAAUUUUUGAGUGUUGUGUGUGAUAAAACAAACUUAAGAAGCGAUGGAUACGACGGAAAAUCGACGGUCGUUUGACUUGGUGGAUUCGAUCGUUUUUAUUGGGUUGUUGGGCAUCUCUGCUCUCGUAGGCGUCUAUCAGUGUUAUGCAUCCAGAAAGAAGGUGGAUGCGGUGGGAGAGUAUCUCGUAGGCGGUCAAAAGAUGUCUAUAUUCCCAAUAAGCAUGUCAUUGAUAGCAAGCUACGUGUCGGGCAUAGCGAUGCUGGGAUUGCCGGCCGAAAUGUACGUUUACGGCACGCAAUUAUGGAGCAUCGUGAUCGCAGAUACUUGCGUGUCUAUAACAAUGGCGAUCGUGUAUCUGCCGGUUUUUUAUGGACUUCAAAUUACGUCUUCUUACGAGUACUUGGAGCUCAGAUUCAAUCGAGUAGUCAGGCUCAUGGGAUCCUUUAUCUUCAUCCUCAAGAUGCUGCUUUAUAUACCGCUAGUGAUAUAUGUGCCGGCGCUAGCCUUCAAUCAAGCAACAGGAGUGGACCUUUACAUGAUCGCGCUAAUAGUCUGUGCCGUGUGCAUUUUCUACACAACAUUGGGAGGUUUGAAAGCCGUCGUCUGGACAGACACUAUUCAGACGGCGAUGAUGUUUGGCGCCGUUAUCACCGUUGCUGUACUCGGCACCGCCAGAGUCGGCGGCGUAGCGGAAGUCUGGAAAAGAAAUCUCGAUACUGGAAGAAUUGAAUUCUUCAACAUGGAUCCGGAUCCCACGAUAAGGCACACUUUCUGGACCGUGGUGGUCGGCAAUUAUUUAAACUGGUUGGCCACGUGCUCGGUGAACCAAGCGAUGGUGCAGAGAUGCUUGGCAAUGCCGAACUUGAAGAAGUCUAAUGUGGCGAUUAUGAUAAUGGCCGUAGGCAUAAUCAGCAUUGUCUCAUUAUGUUGCUACACGGGAAUCGUUAUCUUCGCGGCCUUCUACGAUUGUGAUCCGGUUACGACGAAGCAAAUACGAAAGCCCGAUCAGCUGUUACCUUACUUCGUGAUGGAAUUGUCACAUGCGAUACCAGGCUUACCAGGAUUAUUCGUUUCUGGUGUAUUCAGCGCAGCAUUGAGCACAAUGUCAACUGGAUUGAAUUCUAUGUCGGGUGUAAUUUAUGAAGACAUGAUUAAGCCGUGUCUCCGUAAACCGAUAUCCAACGUAGGCGCGAGUCGUAUAAUGAAAGCCACAGUCGUGAUAAUAGGAGCUAUUUGCGUGGGUCUCGUCUUCAUGGUGGAAAAACUGAGCGGUCUAAUUCAGGCUGGUAAGAGCCUAUCAGGAAUAACGGCCGGACCGUUACUUGGAAUGUUUACGUUGGGCAUGCUGUUCCCAAUGGCCAAUUCAACGGGAGCGCUUAUCGGUGCGCUGGUUAGUCUGAACUUGGUCGCUUGGAUCUCGUUCGGCACCCAGGCGGCUAUCUCCACAGGCUCGAUCUACUUCCCAGUGAAACCGGUAUCGGUGGAGGGCUGUUCCGAAUCGCUGAAGAGCACCGCCGGGAACCUCACGACGAUCGUCGAGACCGUUGUCAGAGAGCAACCCUUCUUUCUGUACAGAAUGUCAUAUCUCUGGUAUACGUGGGUAGGUUUCCUAACUACAAUCUUGGUUGGCUUAUUAGUAUCGUGGUUCACGGGCCCGUCUAAGUACAAUCGCACGGACAAAAGGCUAUUCACACCGGUUAUACAUGGUUUCCUAAGCUCAAGUGAUUCACAGAAAUUGAAUGACGCUGAACUCGGGAGAAUGGCGGGCAUGAAUGAUACGACACAAACUUCCGCAAAAUGUUAACGAACGUGUUUUUCUUUCCUUCAAUGUUAACUUGAACUGGGCAAAAUGUAUGCAUUCGUAUUGCGUCACAUACAAGUCAAUUCCGCA